CAGAAACCCAACUUCUUGGUCUUUUUGACGGACGACCAGGACCGUAGGAUGGACUCUUUGGAGCAUUUGCCGCUGGUGAAGAAGUACCUCCGAGACGAGGGCACAGAGUUCACGAACUAUUAUACGACUACAGCAAUGUGUUGUCCGAGCCGGGUGUCGUUGUGGUCGGGCCAGUUUGCGCAUAAUCAUAACGUUACGGAUGAGUCGCCUCCACAUGGCUCCUACACAAAAUUUGUGUCCCAGAAACUUGACCAGGACUGGCUCCCGACAUGGCUCCAAUCCGCAGGAUACUCCAACAACUACAUCGGGAAAUUCAUCAACGGCGUCUCCCCCUCGUUGAAACAAGCCCCCAAGGGAUUCGAUUCCGCCCAUUGGGAGCCUCUCGUUGCUCCAAACAUCUAUACCUUCUACUCCCCGGUCUUCGCCACCAACAACGGACCCCUCGAGGCGCACGAGGGUGUCUACCAGACCGACAUUAUCUCCGAUAAGUCCAUCGCCAUUCUGGACGGGCUUGCCAAGAACAAGUCUACACCGUGGCUGUUUGUGAUCUCCCCAACGGCCCCGCACGACGAGGUCUGGAUGACACCGAAUGGGACCGUAUUCACGCCUCCGGUGCCUGCGAAACGACAUGAAGGGCUCUUCAAGGGAGCCAAGGCACCGAGACAUCCGAGCUUUAAUCCGGAGAAGAACGAUAAGCCCUCUUGGAUCGGGACACUUCCGAGGUUGGAUGAGAAGCAGGUCGAGGCGAUCGAUGCAACGUAUCGUGCACGGUUGCAGUCCCUCCAAGCGACCGAUGAGCUGGUCGAGCGUGUGAUCAAGCGACUGGAGGAACAUGGACAGCUCGAGAACACCUAUAUUGUCUACACCACCGAUAACGGAUAUCACCUGGGUACCCACCGGAUGUUUGCGGGUAAGCAGACCGCCUAUGAGGAAGAUACAAAUAUUCCAUUCAUCAUCCGUGGGCCUGGCGUCGCCAAGGGUCAGAAAUCAAACGCAGUCGCCACACACACCCAUUUCCCGGCGACCGUGCUCAAACUCGCUGGACUUUCUCUGCCCGAGGCCUUGGAUGCCCAUUCGAUCCCCGUGCUCGAGAACAAGGCCGUCUAUGGGAAGGAUCAGCCGACCGAGGCUUUCAGUGUCGAGUUCUGGUCUGCGGCCUUUAUGGAGAACACGACUGCGAGGUUUAACACGAACACUUAUAAGUCUGUGAGGCUGAUCGGUCAAGGAUACAACUUGCUGUACACGGUCUGGUGCACGGGCGAGAAGGAGUAUUAUGACCUCGUCAAGGAUCCCUUCCAGGUGAAGAACGUCUACAAGGAGACCAAACCCUCGCUACUGAACCGGUUGGAUGCGUUGUUGAAUGUCUUGAGGACUUGUAAAGGCCCGACCUGCAGGGACCCCUGGUCAGUGAUCCACGCCCAAAAGAGCGAAGAAGACACGAAUAAGAAGGAUAAGGACCAUCAUAAGAGCGUGAAGUCGUUGAAAGAUGCGCUGAACAAGAAGUACGAUCAGUUUUAUGCGAACUUGCCCAAGUUUUCCUUCAAGGAUUGUCUUCAGUACUACUUGACUGAGAAUGAAGGCACCACGCCCCCGCACUCUGAGCUAUAGAGCAUCAUCCAUCCAUAGACAUACACAAAGACGCUAUCAAUAAAAUAAGUAG